AGUCUCGUAUCGGACUUGGUUCUUGCUACAACGUAUCGUGUCAUCCCCAUCAAGUGUAUCUCCUCAUCUCGAUCUUGUAAUCCCCCACAUCGCGAUCACAAAGUCCUCAUGAACUGAGGAACUCUGAGGUUUCAUUUUACGGUGUGUCGGGGGGAGUUUUAUUCAAGUGAAGUGUGUUGCUGAUUAAUUAAAUGGAGAAUGAUGUUCGGUGGAAGAGAAGAUUCUUCGCUGAUGGAUGCAGCAAGUAUCCACGGCCCUCGCGAAAUGAAAGAUAGAAAUCUGCCAGCGAGUAUCUCCCGGUAUUUGGAUUCACUGCUAACUAAGAGGUGGAUACGACGAUUAGUAUGUUAAUGACGAGCUUGGUGGGAUCCUAACGACUCGCAGUUGAGUAAAAUCCCGCAAAAAGGGUCUGGAGAACAAAAGAGAAGCAAGGAAGGAAAAAAAGCCUUGAAAUAGACCGGUGAAAAUUCUUCUGCAUUCACGCUUUGUAAAUAAUUACUGUGCGAAUGAAACUGUGAGAAAAUAGCGGUGAAGGAGAGUACGAGAGGGUUUAAUAAUACUGGAGUCAGCAUAAUCAUGUUCGGCACGAAGUUGCGCACGUGGAUGGAGGCGCAUAUCGUGCGACCGAAGAAAAAAAAGGAUCGUAAAAAGGGUGACAAGGGCUUUGACUCAAAUUGCAAUUCACCGGGGAGCCACAGUGCCAAUCGAUCACCUGCACCUCAUCAGGUCCAUCCAUUGAAUUCACCAGCUAAAAACGUAGACAGUAUUAUCCUCGGUAAAGCAGCCACAUACGUCGGCACAACGACAAACUCAUCGUCUGGUAAUUCCGGUGGUAACGUCAGUGUUAAUCUCUCAUCACCAGAGAGUGCAUACAGCACUGGUUACUCCACAGACGGUACAUCGCCAGGUGCUAGUUUUCCACCUGAGUAUUACAUUAAUAUAAGAACUGGUAAGCAUUAUUUUCAAAGUAACAAGGGAACGAGAAGUGUUAAGUGCAGCGUGGCCAACGCACCGGGAAAUGACAAGGAGGAGGAGACAACUGGGAACAGGGUGAACGGAAAUAUUACCAUGACGAGGGAGAAUAAACUCGCUGGAGAGAUUCGCACAAGUACUCCAUUCAAGGGGACAGAGGCUGCAAUCAGCCACCCUCACAAGCCCCAGCCGUGUCAGCAAAGCCCCCAGACCCUAAAUCGUAAUGCAUCCCAUGUACACAGAAGAACAGAGUCGUAUUCAGCAGCUGACAUAACGAUACGAAAUAGUUUGCCAAUUCCUUCGUCGAUACCGCCACCACUUGUAUCAUCACCUACCAUCCAAUCACCUAGACAACGUUCACGAAUACGUACGAAUCCGUGGCUAUCAGCCAACUCAUCCAGCUCGAGUACAACUGGUUGUGGGAAUGGUGGUGGUUACAAGUCUCGUUUAACAUUGAACGAAACUAGUAGCAGUUCAGGGCUCAAACUCACCGAAUCGUCGGGUAGUGCUAGUGACGUUAACGUGAAUAAUCAUCGCAGCAGUCAGGGAAGAAGAGAGGGCAGGCAGGAGAGUCUCAGCGCUGGUCGUAGUCCAAUAAACCACAACUGGCGAAUUUCCCCUGGAAUGGAUCGAGCUAAACUCCCCCCGUGUCUCACCCGGCGCAGCAGUUCAAGCUCCUCAGCGUCCUCACUAACCCAGAGCAUAAGAUCCUCCGAAGACGACAUAACACUCAACGAGAUGAUGGGUAAGUUCGACGAAUCCUACAUCUACGAGAAGGAAACAGACAUUCUCUCAGACAGCGAUCCAACGGACUGCGAGGACUACGUAAAUCAUUCGCCGUCUGACGUGGACACUGGACAGGACGGUGGUGACGAGAAUGAUCCGUUCGAGAACUCGGACUUCGACUACAUCGACAACGGCAGCUUCCUGGACUUGGAGACCCUCGAGGGGAAUUUCCCGAACACCGGGCACUGCACGUACUUCACAUUUACAAGUGAACUAACGCGACGAAGCACUCGUCUACGAGACUCUUUGUUGAAGCGUCGAUCGAGAGAAGAAAUGCAGCACCGCUCGAGUCUCCGAAGUAGCUCCAAGCGUCAGAGCCUGCGGCACAAAAAACUUGAGGACAAACCCCUGGAGAAGCGAAAGAAACGUCAGUCCCAGCGACGAAAACCAGUCUUCGACAGGUGUGACGAUGCAGCAGCGAACUUGAAUCGAGUGCUGGUCGAGCGAAUGCUGUUGAAGAACUCCGGCUUCAACCAGGGAAGCAGAAGUGUUGGGGGUACACCGAUCUGCCUCCGUCGGCGAAAGCACCACGACGUCAACGAGAAUCUCUCCCCGAUUCGUCAGAACGACCCAAGGAACUUCAUCAGUCCUUCUCUGGAGAAUGAAAUCGUCAAGAGACGAUCCAACUCCAUCAGCUACGUCAAUGGGAAUAUCGUGAGGCAGAGAGUCUCGGGGAACACCUACAUGACGACUUUUGCAUCGGAGAUAGCGCUAAUCGAGGCUGACAAGGAGGCGGACAGGAAAUACAGGGAGUUGAUCAUCGAGGCUGAGAAUAUCCUGGUGAACAUGAAGAAUGCAUCAUCACCGGUGAUUCCCUCACCCUCACGACGUGUUCACAAUGGACUUGCUAACAAGAGGGUUGAGUUGAUAAAGAAUACUGAGUUGAAUAUCGAACUGGCACUUUCCAAGAGUAGAAACUUACAGCCGGAGCUGCAGAGUGGAAACAUCAAGGACAUUGAGCACACUAGUCCUAAGAGGCAGUUUAAUCAGGUGGGAUCGCCUGUUCAUCGGUUCGUGGAGAAGAAUUACUACAGGCAGGAAGUGAUAAAAUGUCCGGAUUCACCGGUUCUCGGGAGAAGAACUCCACAAGUAUCGCCGAGCCGGGCUUUUGUGGCCAGUAGAAUGCCGAUGGUGGAGGAGGGGAGGGAGAGGGCUAGGAAUCGAGUGGAGGUCAAUGGAGUCAGGUCCUUCAGCCACGACGGACGGGUGGAGAAUUUCCCGAAGGACCCGCUCUUCUCAGUUCCGUCGAAAAACGGCUUUGGUAAGAAGAAGGAGGUGAGGCAGAAGGAUGAGGGGAUUACCAGCAGUUCAUCGGAUUCAGAGGACAGGGGGGAUACCAGGAGGAGGGCUCCGUUGUUGACAUUCAGGUCUGUCGAUAUGGGGCCGGUUAAAGAGAGCACGUACUACUGUCCCCAGAGUGAACCAGUCAAGCGUAAAGUUUACGCUGGUAGUACUACCUAUGGGAGAAUACAAAAGACUCUGGGGGAAAGGCAUGUAGUACUGAGAAAUUCCGAUGGGGAUACAGCCACUGAUGAUACAGACGACUCGAGGAGAUCACUUCGUGAAAAAGUUGCCCAGCUACGUCAGGAGAGGUUGACUGCCGAGGCAAAUCUAAAUGCUCAAGACACCCAAAUGUUUCAGCAUCAUUUGACCCAAUUGCGCAGGCAAAUGCUGAUGCACACGAUUGAGGGACUCAAACGUAGCCUCGAGGAUCAGUCAGCGACACUCAAGCAGACGUGCCUCCACGAGACAAUUCUCCACGACGAGUUGCCUUGAACACUUGAUGAACGACAAACAAAAAAUCCAGAGUAUUUUUUGCCCCAGAUUUUUCACAAAUCUUUGUAUCGUUGAAUUAAACAAAAGUAAUAAUUACGACGCAGGGGACGAACUAAAAUGGUAAGAUAUUUUUUUUCUUUCUCAACUAAUACCUCUGCAGGGGGACAAAUAUAUUUUUCUGCCUCUAUGAAUACUCAUGAUUAACAGAAUGAGAAAAUUAGAGAUGAUUGAUAUUUUGAGGACAAUUUUCCUGGUGAUUUAUUCAUUUUAUGAAAUGAAGUUUCGUAUGAAAAAUCAAUUCAUCGAUGUGAGCCUGGAUCGGUGAUCAAGGAUAAACGUUUUAGAGUGUAAAAAUAGGAAAGAUAGGAUUUUCUACAUUUGCAGAGUAAUUUAAUUUAAUUUAAUUUCAAAUUAUACGAAAUGGAGAGAUGAAUCUUCCGGACUCUCCUCACUUAAACACUUUACUCAUCAUCUCUUUAUUCUGUUCAAUUGCGUGAUUAAACUGUAGUUGAGAAUAGUUGCUGGGUAGACUGAACAAGAGGGAACUUGUGUAAUUUUUCAAUUUUUUGGUUUGAAAAUCAUUUUGCAAUGAUCCACUCUUUCCAAAACUCAAUUCAUCUAUUUAUAAUCAAUGCAAGUUCCUUAUUCACCAAUAAAGUAGUAAAAGAACAAGGACUUGCCAACAAAAACGUCUGCAGUUCCUCUAACUUCAGACAUGACAUCACGAUAGAUAAUAAAAAUCACUAUAAAUUAUCCUAAAGGGCCUAUUCCUGGGUGUUCUCUUCCCCUAGUUAGAACUUCAUUAAUAAAAAACCAAUGCGAUACGAAUAAACUAUCAAAAUCAUACAUUUCACGAUAGAAGGAAAGGAAAAUUGAGAAAAAUUCAAGAGUAGAGCAUUUCCUACUCGAAACGCGUAGUGUUUAUUGCAAAUAAUGAGGCUAAAAGAAUAAAGAUAGUAAAAAUUGUAAUCGAUAAUAAUAUCCCUCAGAGAAAAAAAUAUCCCAUUGAAUAUGGCCCGGCGUUCCACUUCUCUUGCAAUAAUAAAAAAAUUAUUGGAAGUGAUGUGACAACAGUGUUAUCAGUGUUGCCUGUAUUUUCAUAGUCUGCCAUCGAGUGCUGUAUAUUUUUCCGCGGAUAGAAUACUAUUGGAAGCUAGAAAAAAAAUCUCCCCUAGGUGUUGGAAUAUCAGUUGUUUUUCAAUUAUUCAAGUGCACGCUGACUGUCACGUUGCCAAUUGUUCCUAUGAAAAAUACUGCUCGAUAGUUACUCUUUCGUUUUGUCCUUCUUUUUAAUGAUUUAUUGAUUGAGGGUCUUCACGUCUAGCGAUUUUAUAUGGAAGCAUCAACUGUAUACCAAAGAUAAUAAUGUAGUGAUAGGAAAAAUGUAAGUUACUGAGGAAAAUACGAAGGGUAACUUCAAUUACUGGUAGUAAAAGGGUAGAUCAUCCUAGCGCAUGGGGUUUUUUGUUGUUUGACACUGAAUAAUAAUUUCUGCUUAUCAUCUUUGAAGCUAAUACGUUGAGGGUGAAAACAAUUGAUCAUUUAUUGAUUUUUAUCGAGUAUUCUUUGAACAAUUCUUUGCGUAUAGACUGAAUAGUAUUACGAUUGAUGAAGUAGGCGAUAGAAUUGUUAUAAUUUAUGUGAUUUAUGAUUUUUCUAAGUGAUAAUUAUCAAAAACAUUGAACAUUGCGCACACUUUGGAUAUUCAACAUUAGACGAUAGUAACUAGCCACUAGUUGAAAAGUUUAGUGAAAAAUCUAGUGUUAGAUGGAGCAUUUAACGAGUAAUAGACUCACGAAAAGUCUUCUAGUUGUUAAUUUUCAUCGUAGGCUACCUUCACUCGAUAUUUUCUUAAGACCUUGUGAUUGUCAGUUAAUUCUAAGUUAGUGAAUUUUAAUAAAUGCAAGAAAAGCUUUAUCUAUUUGAUUAAAUCAUCAGACUUUAUUGAAAUUCUCAAUAGUCGAGCAUUGUAAAUAAUUCAUUUGAUAAUUUCAUUAUUAGCUAAUAUAAUUCAUUUGUAUUUUUGGUUACAAAAAGCAACGGUCGUUUGUUGAUUUGUUUAUUGACUCGAUACAUUCCAGGAUAUGAAUGGAAGCUCGAAUAAAAUAUAUUUGACAAAAUGAUAACAACACAGACAAUUAACCAUGAUUUAGCCAAGUGUCCAGCUGAUUCGUAUGAUUUUAAAGUGAUACAAAAUGUUCCCCUGCUCGGAUUUGUCUCUAGUCAUCCGAUGGACUGUGCAGGGUAGAUAAAAUAAUAAUUAAAAUGGUUAUUGAGAUUCAAUGGCAGAGAUAAUUUCGAUUAUUGUUAAUAACAGUGUCAUCAUUCUCUCUGUAAACUCGUGCCAUUCAUCCAAUUAAAUAAAAAUGUUUCUUUUGUAUAUGAUUAAUUAUGAAUAAAUUAUAUUAUGUCGUU